AUGGCAGACGAAGAACUCAAAAAGGCUUUUCAAGACCUUCAAUUCAAGACGAACGAAACGAAGUCUUUGAUAGCUCAAGGAGAAGUAACCAAGAAAGUAAAUACACAGAAGCAGCGGAUGUCCGAAUUGUCAGCAGCCAGCAUCGCUGAAGUCCCCAACGAUCUGUCUGUUUAUCGCAGUGUUGGUCGUAUGUUUCUUCUCACAACAAAAGAGGCUGAAAUCGAGCGUCAUAAUAAAGAAGCCCUAGAGUUCAAAGAGAAAGUGGAAGCAUUUACCAAGCAGAAAGAGUACCUGCAGAGAGGUUUGGAAGAAGCUGAGCGGAAUCUUCGGGAAAUGGUUCAGGCGCGGAGAGCGUGA